UUAGAAAAACUCUUAAUUCCCCCCAUUAAUAGAGGCUCGUGCCAACAGGCAUCUUAGUACAUACACCACAAAUCAAAUCAAGAUAACCUGCCAACUCAAGCUCAAAUAACCCGAAUUACAUACAAACCAAUGCAAAAGUACCGAAGGCCCCAAACCAGUCUUCUUUCUCACUUUGCUUUUCUCCCAAGCUCCAAGAUUCUCUUCCAUCUCCAGUCCAAACAACACAUCAAUCAUCCCAAUCAUCCCAAUUCCCAAUAAAGAGCCACACAAAUCCUCCCAUUUCCCAAUAAAGAGCUCCUCAAAUGCUCCCACCCUCCCCCCAAUCAUUUCCCCCACUGAACUAAAAAAAAAUCAAUCCAUGAAAUACAAAUCUCUUACCUUCUAACCACCUCCCUCUCUCCUUCCAUGGCAGCAAUCGAUAACCAGCAGAACUGGCUUCCCUACGACGGCAGCAUAGACAAAGACUGCUCCCAAGGCUUUUGCAGCAUAUACUGCCCUCAAUGGUGUUACGUUCUCUUCUCUCCUCCCCCUCCUCUCUCCCUCGCCGGCGCCGACUACGAAUCCGGCACCACCUUCUCUCCUCUCGUCAUCGCCAUCAUCGCCAUCCUCGCAAGCGCUCUUCUUUUAGUCAGCUACUACACCUUGGUCUCCAGGAACUGCGCUUCCCUCUCCUUUAGCUGCCCUCCCACCCACUUCGAAGAAGAGGUCGCCGGCGGUGGUGGCUCCGCCACGGGCUCCGUCCGGCAUGAGGAGGGGCAGCGGCGCCGUCGGCAUGAGGAGUGGCACGCGUCGCCGUCAAACGGAUUAGAAGAGGGGCUGAUCAACAAGAUCACAGUUUUAAGAUAUAAGAGAGAGGAGGGCAUCGUAGAUGGAACAGAGUGCUCUGUUUGCCUUGGGGAAUUUAAGGAAGCAGAAAGCCUCCGGCUUCUUCCAAAAUGUAGUCAUGCCUUCCACUUGCAGUGUAUUGACACCUGGCUCAAGUCUCAUGCUAAUUGUCCUCUCUGCCGAGCAAACAUAGUGCUGGAGCCAGAUGAACAUGAGGAAGAGAUGGUCGUGAACAUAGAAGAUGCCGAAAGUGGAGAAGAAGAAGAAGAAGAGGAGGAAGGAGGAGGAGGAAAUCAUGGAACUGGUGCGGUAGAAAUUGGGGAAGAAGAUGCACAGUACGUGAGGCGGUGCAUGUCUAUGGGAUCAGCAGAGGCUUAUCGCGGGCUGGUUUCGAUAGCAGAUGUGUUGCAGAUGAGCAUGGAGGAAGAGUACAUGGUGGCGAAAAACUGUGGUCUUGUUGGAGAAGGUGGGAUUUGGCGGCGGAGUGAAAGAGAGCAGAGCACCGGAAAUGGAAGAAACAGGGGAUUGAAUUGUGUUAUGAGGACUGUGCAUAUGAAGAGAUCUGUUUCAAGUGGGAGAUUUUUCUUUGGCGGACAAAGAAGUGGAAGAGCUUUUCUUCUUCCAGUUUGAAAAAAAGUUAAAUGAUUCAGUAUUUUUUUGGAGAUUGAUUUGAGGUUUUUGAUCAGACACGGUAAAGAAAGGUUUCAUCUUUUUCUUCUUCUUCUUCUUUUGUGUGUUAUAGGAUCUGUAUAUUGGAAGAUUUGGUCAGUAAAUCUGUAAAGAAAUGGAGAAACUUCGCUAAAAUCUGUGUUUGCUAUUGUUUUCUUCUAUUUUAAUGGUUUUUCCUUCUUUCAUGGCGGGUUUGGUCACCGGAGUUUUUUAAUGAAAAUUGAAAAAUGCAGCAAUUUGCUCAUCAAAU